AUGAAGAAGAAGAAAUGUGCUUCCUGUUGGGUUAAAGUUCAAUAGCUAGCCUUGCAGACAAGUAGUUAGCCUAUUGGCUAAUUGGACUCUUUUCCCUGUCAAAAUGGAGGUGAAUCAGGCAAAACAAGAACAUUUACUUGCUUUGAAAGUGAUGCGGUUGACAAAACCGACUCUCUUCACAAACCUGCCUGUGACGUGUGAAGAUCGAGAUCUUCCAGGGGAUUUGUUUGGUCAACUUAUGAGGGAGGACCCUUCCACCAUUAAAGGGGCAGAGACAUUAAUGCUAGGAGAGAUGCUCACAUUACCGCAGAAUUUUGGAAAUAUUUUCCUUGGUGAGACCUUCUCCAGUUAUAUAAGUGUGCAUAACGACAGCAACCAGAUCGUAAAAGACAUUCUUGUGAAGGCUGACCUCCAGACGAGCUCACAGAGGCUCAAUCUUUCUGCAUCAAACUCUGCAGUAGCCGAGCUUAAACCUGAAUGCUGCAUCGAUGAUGUCAUCCACCAUGAAGUCAAAGAAAUAGGAACACAUAUAUUAGUUUGCGCAGUCAGUUACACCACUCAGUAUGGAGAGAAGCUCUAUUUUCGGAAGUUCUUCAAAUUCCAGGUUUUGAAGCCGCUGGAUGUGAAGACAAAGUUCUACAAUGCAGAGAGUGACCUCAGUUCUGUGACUGAUGAAGUGUUUCUGGAGGCUCAGAUCCAGAACAUCACUACCUCACCAAUGUUCAUGGAGAAAGUGUCUCUGGAACCUUCUAUGAUGUACAAUGUGACAGAGCUCAACACAGUCACAUGUGGAGAUCAAGGAGAGUCCACAUUUGGGAAAAUGUCCUACCUGCAGCCCAUGGACACACGGCAGUACUUGUACUGCCUGAAGCCAAAACCAGAGUACGCAGAGAAGGCCGGCGUCAUCAAGGGAGUGACGGUUAUAGGAAAGCUCGACAUCGUAUGGAAGACCAAUCUUGGAGAGAGAGGAAGGUUGCAGACCAGUCAGCUGCAAAGAAUGGCUCCAGGUUAUGGAGACAUUAGACUAUCUUUGGAGAUGAUCCCUGACACUGUAAACCUCGAAGAACCAUUUGACAUCGUUUGUAAAAUCACCAACUGCAGUGAAAGAACCAUGGACCUGGUGCUGGAGAUGUGCAACAUGAGGUCGAUCCAUUGGUGUGGUAUAUCAGGGCGACAGCUGGGGAAACUUAGUCCUGGCGCCUCCCUGUCGCUCCCCCUCACAGUCUUCUCCUCCGUCCAGGGUCUGCAGAGCAUAUCCGGACUGAGACUCACAGACACAUUUCUGAAGAGGACAUACGAGUAUGAUGACAUCGCGCAAGUGUGUGUGGUCUGCCCGUUUACGAGCAACGAACGCUAGAAAUUGUGACUGCCUUUUUUUGCAUUUCAGAAAUGAAUGGACCAACUGUGGAACUGUGCACUUGAUAUUUCACCCUUUUUUUUUUUUUUGCAACUUAAGGGGGUAAUACUGGAUUUUAAAAUUAAUUGUGAAUAUUAUAAAUUGUUUUCCUUGAAUAUAAUUAUGUAAAUCUGUAUAAUGUUAAUAAAUUCAAUGGUAACUUUGA